ACGAGAACUCAUCCAAAUAAAAACAAGAUAAAUUAUCCUAGACGUCCCUACCCACAACUCGAUUCGUAUACGCCAUUCGUCAGAAUUGAUUUCUAGUUUUAUUUGUACUUGUAAUCGCUAAGAAAAUUCGUUCAUUUUAUACAUAUCUCAGAAUGCUACCUGAUAAUCACGUUGAUUGCGUUUUGAAUGCUAUUUGAAGGUUAAACGACGUCGAAAGCAAUAGAGUGAACGAACACAUAACCUCAGAAGUUUAUUGAUUAAAGAAAGGUUACAGUGUAAAUCUACACAUUUCAAAGAUGCCUCCUUUACGAUGGGGAGUGGUGGGAGCUGGUAAAAUAACGCAUGAUUUUGUUACUGCUAUACAAAUAUUUCCUGAUAGACACACAGUGGUCGCUGUUGGAAGCGGAAAUAAGGCUAAUGCUGAGAGAUUUGCGGAAGAACACAAUAUUCCUGAAGCCUGUGAAGGGUACGAAAGCAUUGCAACAAAUGCAAAUAUCGAUGUUGUGUACAUUGGAAAUCUCAAUCCUCAACAUUAUAGCACUACUAAAUUGAUGCUUGAACAUGGAAAACCUGUGUUAUGCGAAAAACCGUUCACAAUGAACGAGAAACAUACAAGAGAACUGGUGAACCUAGCAAGAUGCAAGAACAUUUUUUUGAUGGAAGCCGUAUGGUCGAGAUGCUUUCCCGCUUAUCGAAAAGCUGAAGAACUGAUUAGUAAUGGUAGCAUUGGAGAUGUUCUCUACGCCAAUGUGAAUUUCGGAUUCGAUCUUCAAAAGAAAGACAGAAUUACAAACAAGGAGCUAGGUGGUGGUGCAAUCCUUGAUAUCGGUGUAUAUUGUCUUCAGUUUCAACAGUUUGUUUUCCGCGGGCUUCAACCAACCAACAUAGUGGUCAAUGGUGCUCUGACCAAAGAUGGAGUGGAUGGCACUACUGGCGCUUUGAUUUCUUACCCUGAUGGUAAAUUAGCUUCAAUUACUUGCUCAGCUGAACUACAAAUGCCAAAUGAAGGAAUAAUCGUCGGUACCAAGGGAACAUUAAGAUUGCCGAACUUUUGGUGUCCCACUCAACUGAUUGCUCAUGACCAAACUUAUAAUUUUGAUCUUCCUCAGAGCGAAGUGGAAUUUCGGCAUAUGAACAGCGCUGGAUUAUCAUACGAAGCAGAUGAGGUUAAACGAUGUCUUGAAGCAGGUGAACGUGAAAGUCCCAGGAUUACUUUAGAUGAAACCAUACAACUGGCUAAGUGGAUGGACACGAUGAGGAAAGCGGUGGGAUUGCAGUUUCCAGAAGAUUUAGAAUGAGGAACGAACAUUUUAUCGGCUUUUAAAAUGAAAAUCGUAAUGAUUGCAUUUUUUUUUUGUUAGGCAGAAUUGGGUUAAACCACCAACAGUCUUCGUUAUCCAAUCAAAAAACCAUUAAAAACCAUAUUUACUAAAUAUUUAUAGGGUUUUAUUUCUAGUUCUGAAGAAGUCUAAUCAAUUCUUGUGUAAUUGUUCAGAACGAAUUCUCAUAUUUCAAAACAUUUAUUAUACUCUUAUCUAAUUAAAAUAAAACUAUAGGGUUCUCCAA